CCCCCAGAGAAGCCCAAAUUCGCUGGUUGAUCAGAGUCGAGCUUCCUCUGGGGAUUCCAAAUUCCUAGUCCAAUUUCCAAAAUCUUUCAUCUGAAUUCAUCAAUUUCAGAGGCAUUGAGAUCAUGGUUUUGUCGCAGAAGCUUCACGAGGCCUUCAAAGGAACUGUCGAGAGGAUCACAGGGCCUCGAACCGUUUCCGCCUUCAAAGAGAAAGGCGUUCUCAGUGUCUCUGAGUUCAUCGUCGCCGGUGAUAAUCUCGUCUCCAAGUGUCCCACCUGGUCUUGGGAGUCAGGUGAUCUGAAUAAGAGGAAAUCAUACUUGCCCCCAGAUAAGCAAUUCUUAAUUACCAGAAAUGUUCCUUGCCUUCGCCGGGCUGCCUAUGUAGAAGAGGAGUAUGAAGCUGCAGGUGGUGAAGUUUUACUUGAUGAGGAAGAUGGCGAUGGCUGGCUGGCAACUCAUGGCAAACCGAAGGAAGAAAAAAGCGAUGAAGAGGAAAAUUUGCCUUCCCUGGAAACUCUUGAAAUUAGCAGGACCAAGAUUGUUAAGUCAAUUCCAAACUAUUUUGGUGGUGAAGAUGAAGAUGGUAUUCCUGACCUUGCUGAUAUUGAAGAAAAUGAUGACGCUCUUGCAACUGAUGCAGCCACUCUGCCAUUGACCUACCAAAUUGCCCAUGAACCUGAUGACGAUAAUAUCCUUCGAACACGAACUUAUGAUGUCAGCAUCACGUAUGAUAAAUAUUAUCAGACACCACGUGUUUGGCUGACAGGAUAUGAUGAGUCAAGGAUGCUCUUACAGCCAGAACAUGUGCUUGAAGAUGUUAGUCAAGAUCAUGCACGAAAAACGGUGACCAUUGAGGACCAUCCCCACCUACCUGGAAAGCAUGCAUCUGUACAUCCCUGCAGACAUGGGGCUGUGAUGAAAAAGAUCAUUGAUGUGUUGAUGUCCCGGGGCGUAGAACCGGAAGUUCACAAGUAUCUUUUCUUGUUCUUAAAAUUUGUCGCGUCGGUUAUUCCGACUAUCGAAUAUGAUUAUACUAUGGACGUUGAUCUUGGAGGCCCUAGCCAUCGAUAACUGGGAUUGAUGAAUAUUGUCUGAUUAUACAUAUGUGGGGUAUUUCACAUCUGAUGUUUCUGUAAAUGCAGGCUGACACUCUGCUCAUUGUACAUACACAACCUGGGAUCUAAAUGGUACCCUCUGGAAAUACUUUUGUCUUUUGGAAGUCUAAUCUUCCCGUUGCUUUCUGUCAGUCUUAGUUUGGGCAUAAGGAUUCUUUGUGAUUCUCUGUAACUUAACCAUGGAGCUGACACUUGCUCCUUAACUGUAUUCUGCUAUAUGGAAAUUUGUUUGCUACUGAACUAUUGCAGCAAAAAAUGAUUCCUCUUAUUGGAAAAAGGAAGUGAUUGAAUAUACCACUGUUGCUAUAAUA